AUGGCAAUUGGGAUUUCAAUUAAUUAUGACAUACCAAAACAAUGUAAAAUCCUCUUUACCCAGUUCCCGUUGUUUAUUUUGGAAACAAGAGCAAACGAACAUACUUAUUUCUAUUUAGAUAAUAGAAAUGAUAUUGAAUUUGAACAAAUGCAUGCCUUGAGAUUGGAGUUUACGUCGUUACAAUCACUUGACACAAAAAGAUUUCCGACUAGUGCCAUAUCUAUAUCUCCAUCUCUGUAUCUUUCAUUUCCCUUCUUAAUUCCUCAAGGCAUAAAAAAGCUUUGA